UGCCACUUCCGGUGUAACAUUCGAGGAAGAAUCAUCAUCACAAUAUGUUUACCUUAACGGUGAAUAUCCCAUGUGGAUAAUCAACAGAAAGCUGCAGUCAGAGGUGAAGGAAACCAACAUAUAUCACCAAGAUCAUCAAGGGAGACAACUCCAACGAAAUGGACCGACGCUGGCUGGGAUGAAGAGGGAGGCCUCGACCAGUGGUAUAAAGAGGAAGGAGAAUGGCCUAACACUUUAAAUUAUAACAGUAAUCGUAGUGUAAAAAGUAGUCACAGUGAUAAGGGCCCAGUCAAUUCAUGUCCUAUUUUAAAAUCUGUCAACUUUUCCAAGUCGGCAGAAUUUGUCGAGAUAUGGGAUGAUCAGUUUGAUUUUUGUGUAAAAGAAGAUAAUCUGCCGGAUUCAGCAGACUUUGAUGUGAAUUCCUCACCCAGUAAACGGAAAAGUUACCCGAAAAAUAAAGCGAGGGAAGUGUUCAAUAAAAGUAAAGAUUAUAUUCGAUCAAAAGUCGAAUCGUGUCGUAAGAAGCUGAAUGCCUCUUCACUAAAUAUUUUCUCUCCGGUUCAUCGUGGCAAACAUGGCAGGUUUGUGAACAACUGCUGUGAAGCAAACAUAUCUCAUCCGGAAGUAAAACAGAUUUUGGAACAAUCUGGUAACCAGGAUGACCAUGAACAGGAUUUAUCGAGCACAACUGGUGGUUCGUCAUGUCCAAAUGUCAUAGAAUAUUCCGACAGAUUUGAACUAAUGGUGAAUGAUAUUUCACAUAAGAAUGGGGCUGGCAACGACACAUCUUCCUGCAGUCCAUUACAAGUUCGGCAAGGCGAUGUUGGGGAGGUGUGUGUUACCCUAGAAACAGAGGAAUCCCUUUGUACCUCCAACCCUGAAGAGCUACAGCACACUAAUGCAAUGCCUGGACUUAUCAGAAGCCAAACAGAUGGAGAGGUGGAUUAUGGUGGAGGACCAAGUAUAGUGGUCCAGGAUGACGACAUUUCCAUUGUAAAUAUGGACCAAAGAUCUGCAGAAAUGAUGGAAGACCAUAAUGUAAACGAAGAAGAUAUUCCAAUGGGAACUGAGGCCAACUCCUUUGACCAGAAAGAACAAAACUAUGUGCCAACGUUGCGACCUGUGAUGGAUAAGCGGUUGCAGUGGUUACUAGAUGCACCUCAGAACCUCAGCUUUGCUUCCGAUUUAUCCCAGAAUACAACAACUAGCAUGUCCAGUGACAUCAGUUUGGAUAUGCUGCUUAAUGAUCGUAAUGAAGACCCAGAAGACAUUCUAAUGGGUCUUGGAUUCGGAGAUACUGAUGAAACUGAGGACACAAUCCAAAGAAUCCCAGAACGCUUCCUAAGCGAACCCUCCGAACUUGAUGGUAUCGAUAUAUCAGGCCUCAUCAGGGAUAAUCCGGAGCUGAGUUGUAUUUUCCAAAAUUAUGUCGACUCGCAGAAUAGCAGCGCCGAUCUCUCUGCCCAAGGUCAAAAUUCUAGCGGAACUGUUGAUCGUAGUCCCCAUAUGAACACCACGUUGUGUUCUGUAAUGAACAGCAUGAAGUUCUUGCAGGCCUUACAGUCACCCAGUACGCACAUGCAGUCGAACUACGAUACUGAAAAUGACGGAGUCCAUAGUAUUCUGAAUCCAGAGAAUCGUAACUGGUUGGCCAGUCAGGGAUAUUACCACUCCAAAAGUGACACACUAACUUCGGCUUCUAAGCCCGUUACUACCUCUGUUCACAAACUUACAAAAUCAUGGUCCAUGGAUGCCACAGAACGCCGAAAGGCAUUUGGAAAAACACGGAGAUCGCAACAUAGAUCUUUAUCGGAUUUAAAAGAAGUGGAUGAGUUAACAUCACCAAAGGUAGAAAAUCGGACCGGGACACAAAGUUUUGACAGUUUUGGGAAUUUCACCAGUGUGGAAACUUCCACAGAUUCUUUUGAUAGUGUGGACUCCACACAGCUUGGUCGGACAAACGUGAUGGGAUUAGGUGUUGGAAGCAGUGGCCGACGCGGGUCUGGUAUUAUCCUGCCAGUUCCAUUACCAAUGGCUGAUGACAGUGCAAUCACUAAUCUCCGCAAACAGGAAGUGGAAAUGAUGUCAUCGUUUCCGGAUACUGAUGGUGAUUAUAAUGUGUCCCCUCCGCUUUCUUCCCAAUCUAGUCUGGAAAAUACUUUAACUACAAAACAGUUGCAUAAAUUAUCGACAAAGUCCUCAACUUGUACACUUUUGGGAGAUACUGAUGUUGAACCAAUCGGUGAUGAGCUUGCAUAUUCUGAAUUGACCAAUCGUGAGAGUGAUAACACAUUUAUAGAACAUUUGAAUGACUUGGAUUCGAAUAUGAAGGACAUUGAGCCAGGUCUUGUGAAGACUGAAAACAUGAACGAGAAUUCAUCCACUACUAGUCAGGUAAAGUCUAAAGACAUGGACAUGGAUGCUAUUAAAAAUGUAUUAACUGUGUAUUUUAAUUCGAGUUCUGUAAAAGGUAAAGAUAACGAUGGUGAUUCACCUGAUACAGACCGGGAGAGGACACAGGUGUUUGUCUGUGAUAGAGGACAACAGACAGACAUGUUACCCGAAAACAGGACACUCACUCUAAAGGUUGUGGAUAGACCGCCUGGGGAUGCCAUGGAAGGAACAGACUCCAAAGUGAACUUAGAAGUCGUGGGCAGGAUGGAGAGUGUCCAGUCAGAUAGUAGUGGGUUUGCUGAAGGGGACCACAUAGAUGUACAGGAAAAGGUGUCUAAUAUGGGCAGCAGUGCAGAAAGCGACCAGACCUAUCAAAGCAGUGCUACAAUCCUCCAAAACGUCCAGGAGAGACCUCCCUCACCAAGUCUCGGCUCAAACAACACCAUUCCCAGACCAGUGUUUGUCAUCCCUAGUGACAAAAGGGCUGUUAGAAAAGAUGCUUCAAUCUCCACCGAUGACAUAUUUGGAAGUUCAGAUUCCACACUUGGAUUUGAAAAGAUUCAAACCGUCCAGUCGGAUCAGUGCGACUCUGGCAAUGAGACUUUGUCUGACCGAUCUGUUGUGUUGACCAUUGAGCUCCCUCGGGAGUGGAUAAAAUCAGGACAGUUGUCAGGGUCUGGUGCUGAAAAGGGAGUUAUUUCCCUUUCCUACCAAGACAAUGCAUCACAAAUAUCUCCAAAUAUGGACACAGGUAGUCAAGACAUGAAUAUGAGUUACGGAUCAAUUACUUCUAGUGCUUCGGUUAAUCCCUUAGAGUUUACUCCCUUGAAGAGACCUGUCCGCCCAGAAUGGGCAUCUACGCCGAAUCAACCUUCAUACUUACCUCACCAACACUCUAUAACAGCAAAACACAGAUCAAGGUCAUCCAAGAUCUUGUCAUCCAGUGAAUCACUUUACAUGCCAUACAAACGUCAGGUUGAUUCUGAUACUGAUGGAGAAAGACACAGUCGUUUUGUCGAUCUUAACCGCAGCGUUAACUCUUCAUUCGAUGGUAGUGUUUCAAGUGUCAUGGACGAAUCCAUCGAAUAUACCAAACUAAAACAGCUUGUCAACAAACCAGUAACAUUCCAGCAGGAGACACGAGGUUCUGUACCAGUAACAAAGUAUCAGCCUAAACAUCCCAUCAAAACCUGGCCCUCCAUUCAGCAACGACUGUUACUACAGGAGGAGACCCAGCUAGUCCAGUAUGCCCUCCAUCGGUACAAGUUGGAGCUGAAUGUAAUGGAGACAACCUUCCUAGUCAACAAACAGCUUGUCUGGGAUGAGCUUAGUCCUGAUGAUAAGACCGAAUUGGAUGAACUGCAGCACCUGUGGACUGAGGUACGGAAAGAAGUCACAGAAAUGGAGCAAUACCUUGCAAACAGAAUGGCUGCAACACAAGUUGGAAAUGAUAGAUUCCAACCUCUGAUCGUGCUAGAGGUUGUACAUAAGAUGGUGAAUCUCCUUCGGGAACAAAUGUUUCAACAAGAGAUUUAUAAAUCCAACAUAGACCUGGAGCUUGACCAGCCAUUCCAGCCAUCACCUCAGGUCCCCUGGUGGCCGGAGGUGUCCCAGAUGUUAUGGGACAUCAAACAGAAGGUUUCCGAGCCCCCCGCAAUGUCUAGUUCCUCCAGUCUGGCUUCAGGCAGCAUGCAGGAUCUACGACAAAUCAUCCGUGAGGAAGUCCAACAGGAGUGUAAAGACAAUCAGCGAUGGCUUCACAGGGAACUUGAAGCAAAAGAAAAGGAGCUAUGCCAACUGAGGAAAGAAGUUAUGUCUCACAACAUUAAGGAAGGCCAGACAAAAGUAAAGAAAUAUUACGAGAGUGUUGUGUGAUUGACACCAAGGAUACCUGUAUGUUAAACACUAUAGUGCCUUGUGUGGACUGUGAUCUGUAGGUUAGCACUGUGCUAUAGUGCCUUGUGUGGACUGUGAUCUGAGGGCUAGCACUGUGCUAUAGUGCCUUGUGUGGACUGUGAUCUGAGGGCUAGCACUGUGCUAUAGUGCCUUGUGUGGACUGUGAUCUGAGGGCUAGCACUGUGCUAUAGUGCCUUGUGUGGACUGUGAUCUGAGGGCUAGCACUGUGCUAUAGUGCCUUGUGUGGACUGUGAUCUGUAGGUUAGCACUGUGCUAUAGUGCCUUGUGUGGACUGUGAUCUGUAGGUUAGCACUGUGCUAUAGUGCCUUGUGUGGACUGUGAUCUGAGGGCUAGCACUGUGCUAUAGUGCCUUGUGUGGACUAAGGCCCUGAGGGUUAAGAAUGGCGCUAUAAUGACUUGUGUGGACUAAGGCCCCGACGGUUAAGCACGGCGCUAUAAUGACUUAAUAUGAAUUCAGACUGUGAUCACAGACAUAACCAUCCAUGCAUUUAUUUGUGAGGAGUUUCUUUUGAGUAGAUUGGGUUGUGCUAUUUCUGGUACCAAUAUUAUAAUUUGUUAAACAUUACAAGAAAAAAAAGACACAUGAAAUGUUUAACUGUAAUUCUUUUUUAAAAGUUAGAUUUUUUUUAAUUGAUCUGAAUUGGUCUUCAGCCAAUACUGUGGUAUGGUAUUUGUGUCCCUUGUUUUAAAUUUGCCCCUCUCUAAGUUAUAAUUAAUGGUAAUUCUAUCUCUCUUCUAUAUUAAACUCAUUCUAUUAAUGGAUACAUGACAUUGUCUAGCCAGGUAUGUAAGUGUUAAAAAUAUUCCUAUACAAAAGAGAUAAAAUUCUGUUCUGUUAAAAUGAAAUAUCAGAUGAAAAAUUAUAAUCAGUUUGAUUAAGCUUUUAUAGGAAACAGUGUGUAUAGUGCCAGAAAAUAUAUAAAAAAGUAUAUUCGAAAUUGAAUUAUACUGACAUAUGCAUUUUCUAGUUAAUAAUUAAAAUGAGUUUUUAAAGAUGUAUUUAUAGUACUUGUAUAGAGUUCUGUAAAUAAAUCUGAUCUGAUAUAACAGAGAAAAGAUUGUCUCCUUUAACUUGAAUUAAUACUUAUAGCAAUGAUAUUGUUAAAUAAAUACACUAGGCAAAAUAAACUUUAACCAUGUAAUUUUUUUCUUUUAAUGGUUGAAAUAUUUCGAAUUUUGCUAAAAAUUUGAAACCUUUAAAGAUAUAUUUUCUUAUCAAAAUGAUGCAGUUGAUAUAACAGAUAUUAUAUUCUGUUUUCGUUUAAUUUCUAUAUGAUUAUAUUUUUGUGGUUUUAAUCUGUCUAUUAAAAGAUUAAGCAUAACCUCCUUGAUAAGCAGGCAAUGUCCUCAUGCUUACUAUCAGACACAGAAUGGUUGUUGUUCUUUCAAAGGGAGAUAACUGAGUCAGAGGUAGUUUAUCAAACAUUGUCAAAUUUAGUGUCCAAUAAAUAAAGGAGUGAAUAAGGUAAAACCUGAUACGUGCAUGUGGACGGCUAGAAAUAUUUUGGUUGAACAGGGGGCACAAAUACCAUCUACAGCCAUGACAUCGAAAUUCUAUUACAAAACAGUUUAGCAGGUUGAUGGUAUGAUUCUGUAUAUAUCUGUUUAUGUAUUUGGUGCUAUUUUCAUGAAAUAUUCUUCAAUAUUAUUCCAGUUAAUAAUUGUAUAUGAUAAUGUAUAUAUAUAUAUUUCUGCAUACCUUUUGUGCUUUAAUGUCUUUCAUUCGACGAGACAAAUCAUUGUAGGCUUGAGUUAUCUCCCCUUUCUAGUCUUUUUAUUCUGUUCUUUAAAGUCUACAUUAUAGAAGAGAAAAGUUGUGGAACAAUUUUAUUAAAUAAUUUAAAUGUACAUAUCUAUGCAUAGAAUGCUGUACAUAUUUUUUGUAUAGAAAUAUGAAAAUUAAUCUGGUUGAUUUUUACAUGUAAAUAAGAAUUGUUUUGAAAGAUGAAAUAUUAUAUUUUUUGUAAAUAUUUUAGCUAAAUACAGUAUCUGUGCAAGUAGGUACCAUUUAGCUUGUCAGGCAAAGUUGUAUUGUUUUAUCAAUAACAUGUAUAUAGAAAAUGAAAGUAGAAUAUAUUGAGUCUAAUGUUUUCUACUUUCUGUAUAUUAUUUAAUGUACAUUAUGUGGUGACUAUUUAUCUGUUAAGUUUGAUCAGUUAACUGAAAAGUGGUACUAUCUUUAUUCUACUCUUUUUCAAUUUGUACUGUGCAAUCUUCCGUUUUUAGCAUUAGUCAACUUUACUGAGUUCAUAGAUUAUCUUAUUUCUAUCAAAUUUAUGAAAUUGAAAGAAAAUGUUUAACAUUUUCUAGUUCCAAUCUCUGUUGUUUAUUUCUAAUGCAAUAUAUAUAUGCUAUACAAGAUAAGAUAAAUAAAUGAUAACCAAGAUUUAUUUGUUGCAGUUGACUCGCCCUUCUACUUAAUCAGAACUUGUUUUUGAACGCUAUAAGCUAUAUUGGUAAUAUACAAAUUGUACUUGCAAAGAACAAAUGUGAAUUCAGUUAAUAAACAUGAAUUUAAUUUUAAUGUCAUUAUUUUUCUUUUCACCGGUGAAGUCACUGGUUGAAAUUUCUUAUAUUGGAAGUGCCUGCUUAAAAGGAAUUUGUAUCAUUUAUUUUUUUAGUUUAGAUAAAAAUAAUGAAAAAAAUAUACACAUUUUAAUCAUGAACAAUUUCAGUUAAGUAACAAAUUUUUUUUUUUAAAGUUAUACUGUAUAAAUUGUGAGGUUGAAGUUUUACUGAAAGAUAAGUAAAUUUAGCUGUUUUUAUUGGUCAUAAAUAUCUAAAACUAUCAAAGAUAGAAAGUGUGACCAGUCACUUUUGUUAAGUUUACAACUGAAUGUUACGGUUGCUACCUAUAUAUGAUCGGACAAACUACAUUCUACGGUCAAAUAUUUUAUUCUCCCAACAGAUACAUACUACAUGUACUACAGUAAUUUCUAGCAUUGUAUUACCAGAUCAUCUUUAUAUUCAACAGGAUUGUUGUUUUUCAUUGUGUGUAAUAAAAUAACACUUCAUGAUUUGCCUAAAUAAAACAGUACUGACCACUGUGUGAUUGAAUCUAGUGUAUUCCCACAGCCUUCCUUCCGUAGUUAUAUCUCUUUGGUAGUAUACUGUAGGGAGUUUUUGAGGUUAUUGCCAGUAAUGUUGGAGAAAUUAUCCUUAGCCCACCUUUCCUCUUGUGAAAGUUUAGUAUUAAAGCUUAGAGAGGGCUUAUUUGUGAAACACUUUAGUCUACUAUUUCAAAAUUGAUGAUUCUGCAAAAAUGAAGAAAAAAAAUUGCAGAUAAUUGCAAUCACACAAUUACCAUAAAAUGUAAUUGAUAAGCUUAAGGCUCAUAAUCAAAAAGAAUUUGCAGCAUUUUCCUAAUGAUCUUGAUUUUUGAAAAUGAAAUCUAUUAUAUAGUGAUUUUAUUUCAUACAUAACUCUGGUAAUGAAAGUAACAAAUAUUAGAAACAAAAAAUUGCUGAACACUACUUUAGAACUCCUCAAGCUAAGUGACAACAAGAACAUCGGCUAGGACAAUUUUACCAACCAUCUGUUUGAUGUGUAAUAAUAUGACGCUCAGAUAUUUUCUGAGAGGUUGUGUAAGUAAUAAUAGACAUUAUCAAACUUCUUGUCACUAUAUAUAGAAAGACUGUGAUGUCUAAUUUUAUUUUCCUAAGAGUUUUUUUUUUUUUUUAGAGGUAGACAAACUCCUUUUAACUAAAGGUGGUUCAUGGCACAUAUUUAACUAGAUAGAUAUAUUAUUACAUAAUGUACAAUGUUUUGUUUUCAUCAGUUACCUAUUCAUGUGCCUAUGGUCUAUGAUGUUAUAUGAUAAGAUGAUUUCUAAGAGCUUCUUUACUUGUAAUGUAAUAGAUGUCAAGAUUUCUAUUAUACAGCAUUUACUUUAUACACCAGUUUUUGGUCAUUUAAAAUUUUCCCACCCAAUAUUCUAAUGUGAUCACUAGCUAGCAUACAAUGGCAAAGGAGAUGGAGUGCUCUCGAAAAAAGCACCUGUUUUAAGUGUACUCUUAAAAAAGCACCUGUCUUAUGCGUGCUCUCAAAAAAGCACCUGUCUUAUGUGUGCUCUCGAAAAAGUACCUUUCUUAACCAUGCUCUCAAAAAACACCUGUAUUAGGGUGCCCUUGACAAAGCACUGGUCUUACACAAAGUUAAAAUCAUUUUGGUGAAAUAUCCGAUAUGUAUUUUACGUUUUGCCAUUCAAUAUCAUUCCCUUGUCUGUUGUCGGAACUAUAUAUUUUUGUUUUUAAAUGACAUACUUUGAACAAAAUGCCUUAGAUAUUCCUGUGGUUUUCACUGUUAAAGAGAUAUAUACCUGUGCAGUGUUAUUCAUGAGAGGUUUUCCUAGCUUUAAUUUGUUUGAUUCUUGUGUGAUAUUGUACAGUGCGUGACCUUUUGUGUUCAGGAUAACGACAGUAAAUCAGAUUUGUACUUAAUCGUAUUAGUCUAAUAUGCAAUACUUUCACCGUUUACUUCUCAUCACGUAUUUCUGUGUAUACAAUCAUUACCAUUACAAUCUUUAUUUAUAUGAAACUGUUUUAACAAUAGUUUCACAACUUGAUAUGGCUAUGCAAACUAAACUUUUGUACAUUAAUUUGUUAAAGAACAAAUUACAAAAUUAUCAUGCAGGAAAGCUUGUUUAUUUUUUGUAUGAAACAAAAUGUAAAAUUUUGUAGCAUUCAUUUAUGUUAAAUAUAUCAUAAUAAUGUAUUAUAUCAUUUUUACUGUACAAACAAUUAUUUUCCCAAUCAGCCAAAUUAUUUUGUUGAAAUUAUAUUUAACCAAGACAUUCCAUUUUAGUAUAUAUAUUUGAGUUAGAAUAUUAGAUAUUAUGAUCACUGUUGAGGAGAGAAUAUUGGUUAUUAUCACUGUAACUGUCAGAAUAUUGGUUAUUAUCACUGUAACUGACAGAAUAUUGGUUAUUAUCACUGUUAUUGAUAGAAUAUUGGUUAUUUUCAAAGAUACAAGCAGAAUAUUGGUUAUUAUCAUCGUUACCGACAGAAUAUUGGUUAUUAUCACUGUUACUGACAGAAUAUUGGUUAUUAUCACAGAUACAAACAGAAUAUUGGUUAUGACAGAAUAUUGGUUAUUAUCACAGAUACAAACAGAAUAUUGGUUAUUAUCACUGUUACUGACAGAAUAUUGGUUAUUAUCACUGUUACGGACAGAAUAUUGGUUAUUAUCACUGUUACUGACAGAAUAUUGGUUAUUAUCACUGUUACUGACAGAAUAUUGGUUAUUAUCACCAUUACCGAGAGAAUAUUGGUUAUUAUCACUAUUACCGACAGAAUAUUGGUUAUUAUCACUGUUACUGACAGAAUAUUGGUUAUUAUCACUAUUACCAACAGAUUAUUGGUUAUUUUCAAAUAUACAAGCAGAAUAUUGGUUAUUAUCAUCGUUACCGACAGAAUAUUGGUUAUUAUCACUGUUACUGACAGAAUAUUGGUUAUUAUCACAGAUACAAACAGAAUAUUGGUUAUGACAGAAUAUUGGUUAUUAUCACAGAUACAAACAGAAUAUUGGUUAUUAUCACUGUUACUGACAGAAUAUUGGUUAUUAUCACUAUUACCGACAGAAUAUUGGUUAUUAUCACUGUUACUGACAGAAUAUUGGUUAUUAUCACUAUUACGGACAGAAUAUUGGUUAUUAUCACUAUUACGGACAGAAUAUUGGUUAUUAUCACUGUUACGGACAGAAUAUUGGUUAUUAUCAUCGUUACCGACAGAAUAUUGGUUAUUAUCACUGUUACUGACAGAAUAUUGGUUAUUAUCACUGUUACUGACAGAAUAUUGGUUAUUAUCACUGUUACUGACAGAAUAUUGGUUAUUAUCACUGUUACUGACAGAAUAUUGGUUAUUAUCACUGUUACUGACAGAAUAUUGGUUAAUAUCAUCGUUACCGACAGAAUAUUGGUUAUUAUCACUGUUACUGACAGAAUAUUGGUUAAUAUUUUUGUUACUGACAGAAUAUUGUUUGUCUAUAUAGGUUACUGACAGAAUAUUUGUUAUGAUCACAGAAACUGACAGAAUAUUAGUUAUGAUUAUUGUCAGAAUGUUGAUAAUCACUGUUAUACAGACAGUAUAUUGGUUUUUAUCAUGGGUACUGCUAGAAUAUUUGAUAUUGUCAUCAUUGACUAUCUAGAAAUUUGUUACUUUGUCUCCCUUUUGAAAUAAGACAGACAAUGGAUGUUGUAGAACAGAUUCUUCCAUUUCUUCUUUGCAUGGUCUUUAUUCUUAUUACAUGUACAACUUUUUUAACAUUGUCUGGGGCAAUUUUGCUUUUUUGUUACAAAAUUUAUCGGCAAAAUGUAUCACCCACAGAUCAAGCUUGCCCGGCUUAUAAAUUUUGAACUGUUAAAGAAAUAUAUUUAUAUACAUAUGUUUAGAUAAAUUACAGAUGAUUUCAAUUAAACAUGCAUGGAGUCACUUACCCAUAGUUCAAUAAAAGAGUCAUGUUAUUGUUCACAAACUAGUUAUCUGUAUAGCUUUGUUGAAAGAUCAGAUAUCAAUAGGCGAACAUCAGAUAUCACCGGGCAAUCGCCAGAUAUCACUGGGUGAUUGUCAGAUAUCACUGGGUGAUUGUCAGAUAUCACUGGGUGAUUGUCAGAUAUCACUGGGGUGAUUGUCAGAUAUCACUGGGGUGAUCGUCAGAUAUCACUGGGUGAUCAUCAGAUAUCACUGGAUGAUUGUAAGAUAUCACUGGGUGAUUGUCAGAUAUCACUGGGUGAUCAUCAGAUAUCACUGGGUGAUUGUCAGAUAUCACUGGGGAGAUCGUCAUAUAUCACUGGGUGAUCGUCAGAUAUCACUGGGUUAUUGUCAGAUAUCACUGGGUGAUUGUCAGAUAUCACUGGGUGAUCAUCAGAUAUCACUGGGUUAUUGUCAGAUAUCACUGGGUGAUUGUCAGAUAUCACUGGGUGAUCCUCACUUAUAGGGCUAAAUGUAUUUGUCAUUUACACAUGCAAUGAUCUGAAAAUUUAUUAAAAGAAAUUGUUCAAAAAAUUUGUGUGUUUGUCCUCUGUUUGAUCAUGGGCUAUUGGUCAUAGCAGAAAAAUGAAACGACAAGAAUCUGAACUUUUAAAUAUAUUUAUUUUGAUCUGGUUAUAUCAACACAUGCUAAAAUUACAAGUAUGCAUGCACUAAUCAUAUUUAUUUUUAAAAUUGAAAAACAACAGACAGCCUCUGACAAUUCUAUACUUACUUUUCACAAAUUUUAAA